UUUAAACUUAAGAGUAAAUGUAUCACGAUAAUUAGAAGGCUUGUUUGAUGAAGAACAAGAUUAUAGUAAACAAUGAUAAAAAGUGUAAUAAACUGAAAAAAGAAAGACAUACAUUUCGAUUGUUUACUAAUUCAUAAUUCUAUCUCUGACGGGAACACGUGCAAUGUCGCGCUUCAAUUAGUUUCUUCAGUGAUGUUAAUAAAUUCGGAUCUAUAAAAAUCAUAUUUUCAUAAAUAAAAUUUGAAUUAAAUAAAACUUCUUGAUUUCAUUUCAUUCAAAGAUUCUUGCAAUAAAAUAGUGUUAUAGGUUAGUUAGGUUAUAUUCAAGAGACUGUUCGUCGUAAAAGUAGUUAGCUGUAUAUAAAUAAAAUUUAAUAUGAAAGAAGUUUUGGACAGUAAUUUUGAGGCUUUAUACCCACAAGUAGAGAAUGCUGUAAAUAAUGCAAAUUUCAUUACCAUAGAUGCUGAAUUUUCGGGCAUGUAUUCGGAAGAACGUUUGAAAUAUAGUUUGUUUGAUACUCUUAGCGAUCGUUAUAAGAUACUGCAGAAAAAUAUUGAACAAUUUAUGAUAGUGCAGUUUGGCAUUGCGACUUUUCGCCAUGUUCCUUUCGAAAAUUCCUAUGAAACAGAAUGCUUUAAUUUUUACUUGUGUCCUAAAUCUAUACCAUUAAAAAAUAAAAGAAUAUCAUGGCAAGUGACAUCGUUAAAUUUUCUUUGUAAACAUAAUUUUGACUUUAAUAAAUUUAUAAACGAUGGUAUCUGUUAUCUGAAUGAGCCAGAUGAAAAGUUAUUAAAGGAUUAUUUAACACAAGGCAAUUUAGCAAAUAUUAUAGAACAUUUAUCGUUUGAAGAAGAAAUUGAACUCAAUGAAUGUAAGAACCAGAUUUCUGAAUGGAUGACCAGGUCAGAACAGACAACAUUAAAAUUGCGAGUUAUUAACCCUACUUUGCAAUAUAUAUUACAUAAAGACUUAAGAAAUAAUUAUAAUAACAUUUGGACUAUAUCAGACAAUAAAUCUAUAAAUAUUAUAAAAGUAGCAUCUGAUACGCAGAAGACUGUAUCAAAGGAAAAAAGUAAUUUGGAAGAAAUGCUGCUAAAUUCCUUUACAAGAUUUUCCAAAAUAUUUAAACUUUUAUCUUCUUCUAAGAAAUUCAUAGUAGGGCAUAAUGUACUUUUGGACUUAAUGUUCAUGCAUCAACAAUUCUAUAAACCAUUACCAGAUUCAUAUACAGAAUUCAAAAAUAAUAUACAUACAUUAUUUCCUGAGAUAUAUGACACAAAACUUUUAAGUUUUGAAUUGCGGAAAUUAUACAAAAAAACUGAAGUGAACUGGAAGCUAAAUUCACUGAGUAUUCUGUACGAAUAUUUUAUGACUAAAGGAAGUUUUUUAAGUUUUAAUUCACCAAAAAUUGUCCUCACUGAAGAAUGUCCAUUUUCAAAGGUUUAGAAGAAAGAACAGUAACACAUUCUGAAUUAAUGAGCUGUGUGAAAAAAUUUGUAAAUUCUAUAAAUAUAGCAAGAAGCAAUGAAAUGUACAUGAAAUUUGAUGGGGAGGAUCCAGUAUUAUCAAGACCAGAAUGGCUUCACGUCAAAUUAAAGUCACCAUCUAUAGAUAUUAAGGAGGUAUCCUCAGAUAUGAAAAUGAGAGGAUCUACUCUGCAACUCGUGCACAAGUUGGAGAAAACGGUGUGUAUCACGUGCCUGCCCAAAAAUACGUCGAGAGGUGACUCGAUUCUCGAUCGCCUUCAUCUAUCGGUCUGGCCAGGAGACCGAUGGGAGGCGAGAUUCGGUCGGAGACCAGAACGU